CUCGAAAGGCUCACCACUUUCCACCUUGAAUCGCAAAGACGACCUUCCUUCGCGAUUGGCUUGAUCGGCGUGUAGUUAGUCAUCGACAAGCAUCGACUGCGCGAGUGCCACUUCCUGCUCAUCACCUGCCGCAUCCAUUCUCGUGGCGACAUUCCUUCACAGCUCGCUAGCACCAAGAGAGCGCAAGCUGCAUCCUGACAUUAUGACGAGCGACACUCUAGCGCCCAGCGCGAGCGCCUCGCCCAUCGCCUACGAUCUCACACCUACCGUGCUCAAGUAUGUCGAUAGGCACCUGGCAUUCCCCCUUCUCUCCCACAUGGCCUCCACGGAGCAGUACAAGCAGGAUGAUAUUGCAAAGGCGCAGUACGAGCUGGCGAAGGGAACUUCGAUGGUGGACUACGCCUUGAUGCUGCACGAGCAGGCUUUCCCAGAUCAGCCAGCCCCUGCAGAGCUGGAGCAACAGCGAGCAGCAGCAGAGAAGCAGAACGAGAAGCUAGCGCAAGAAUCGGAAAAGGUUCUCAAUGUCAUCGAAGAUCCAUCCGUCGCUGCUUCGCUCAAGCAGGACAAGGUGGAGAACCUGAGAUUCUUGGAAAAGAAUUACGAUUUGAACGAGGAGCAGAUCAAUGCUUUGUACCAUUAUGGACACUUUCACUUUGCGUGCGGUAAUUAUGGAGAGGCUAGCUCUUACCUCUACCACUUCCGCGUACUCUCCGUCGACCCGAAUCUGACUCUCUCGAGUCAUUGGGGCAAGCUCGCAUCCGACAUUCUCACUGGUUCGUGGGACGAUGCUCUGUCGGAGAUCAACCUGCUGCGCGAAGCCUUGGAUUCUGGCGCUCACUCUGAUGGAGGUCAAGAAGGAGCGCUGCGUAGGCGCACAUGGCUGUUGCACUGGAGCUUGUUCGUCUUUUUCAACCAUCCUGAAGGAAGGGUGGGAUUGGUGGAGAUGUUCCUCGCUCCCGCAUACAUCAACACCAUGCAGACCUCUGCUUGGUGGCUGUUGCGCUACCUCGUAGCCGCGGUCAUCAUGACUCGCAGAUCCGUGCGCAUCUACAGCGUUCAGAGCAAUAAUGGGCUUUCCAAAGUGUCACCGACAGCAGCGCUGAGGGAUGUCACGCGAAUGAUCAGUCAAGAAUCGCACCGACUCCAAGCCGACCCUUUGGUGGACUUUGUCAAGGAGCUCUACACCGACUUUGACUUUGAGGCGGCUCAAGAUCAACUAUCGCAAGCUCAAAAGGUCGCCAAUGACGAUUUCUUCCUGCAAGAGCACGCAGACAGUUUCGUCGAAGCUGCUCGCUUCUUGGUGUCGGAAAUCUACUGCCGGAUUCAUCAGCAGGUGGAUAUUGCGGAUCUGUCCACCCGACUCAACAUGUCGAAAGAAGAGGGAGAGAAGUGGGUGGUGAAUCUGAUCAGGGACACUAGAGCGGAUGCCAAGAUCGACUUCAAUCAGGGCAUUGUUCAUAUGAACCAGACCCAUCCGCCCAUUUAUCAAUCGGUCAUCGAAAAGACGAGAGGAUUUAGCUUUAGAACGUCGGCCAUGGGUCAAGCCAUCGAUAGAAAGGCUCAUCCCGUUGCGCCUGGAAGCGAAAAUGCGACGAGGGGAGGAAGAGGAGGUGGGAGAGGUGGAAGAGGUGCGGGACGCGGUGGCAGAGGAGGAGGAGGAGCGGGCAGGACUGGUCAGAGAGAUGGCGAAAGUGCUGCUGCUGAAGGUAACAGCGCUGCACCUGCUGCUGCUUCUGCAAAUGGCGACGAUGCAGCUUGAGCUGAGAGUGUUUUGUGGUCUUGGUGCUUGUGGUGCCUCUCACCUCUUUCGCCCCUCUCCUCCUCAUCAUCGAUUGGAAAGGCGCAAGGGGCGGCAAAGCCUGACGCUUUCGCUUGCGCGACGUCGCACUCCGUCGCACUCCUUCGCAUCCUUUGCAUCUCGUGCUGCUUCAGCCACGCACAUGUAUCUGUUCUGCCCUUGUUCCCAAAAAUUGCAACCCGUACAUUGGUUCGACGAGGCA